AUGGAGGGUGAGAACAAAAAGUACAUCACAUCUGAGGAGUUGAAGGAGCAUAACAAGCCAGGGGAUCUGUGGAUCUCCAUUCAGGGAAAGGUGUACAACGUGUCAAAUUGGGCAAAAGACCACCCUGGUGGAGAGGUUCCCUUGUUGAACCUUGCAGGCCAAGAUGUGACUGAUGCAUUUAUAGCCUACCAUCCAGGAUCUGCAUGGAAACAUCUUGAUCAGUUCUUCACCGGGUACCACCUCAGGGAUUUCAAGGUCUCAGAGGUGUCCAAGGAUUAUAGGAAGCUUGUGUCUGAGUUUGUCAAGAUGGGUCUUUUUGAAAAGAAAGAGCAUGUCACUUUCUACACACUAUCCUCUGUUGCAGUGAUGUUUGCCAUUGUUGUUUAUGGCACCGUAGUGUGUACCAGUGUGUGGGCUCAUUUGGGUUCUGCCCUCUUGUUGGGCUUGCUUUGGAUGCAAAGCACGUAUGUCGGUCAUGAUUCUGGCCACUAUGAGGUCAUGUCCGGUCCUGGUUACAACAAAUUAGCGCAAAUCCUUUGUGGUAAUUGCAUGACUGGGAUAAGCAUUGCUUGGUGGAAGUGGACUCACAAUGCUCACCACAUUUCCUGCAAUAGCCUUGACCACGAUCCUGAUUUGCAACACAUUCCAGUUUUUGCUGUGUCUAGUCGUUUCUUCGAUUCAAUCAAGUCUUGUUUCUAUGGGAGGAAGCUGAAGUUUGAUUCAUUGUCCAGAUUUCUGAUCAGUUACCAGCACUUAACAUUUUACCCAGUCCUAUGCUUUGCUAGGCUCAAUUUGUAUCUCCAGACUUUGUUAUUGUUGUUUUCUAGGCGCAAAGUCCCGGAUAGAGCCUUCAACAUCAUGGGGGUUUUUGUGUUUUGGAUUUGGUUCCCUCUCCUAAUUUCUUGCCUCCCAAAUUGGGGAGAAAGGGUCAUGUUUGUGCUGGCCAGUUUUGCUGUUUGCUCCAUCCAACACCUUCAAUUCUGUUUGAACCACUUCGCUGCUAAUGUGUAUGAAGGGCCACCAAAUGGAAAUGACUGGUUUGAAAAGCAAACAAGUGGGACAUUGGACAUCUCUUGCUCAACUUGGAUGGACUGGUUCUUUGGGGGCUUGCAAUUCCAACUUGAGCACCAUUUGUUCCCUAGGAUGCCUAGGGCCCAAUUGAGGAAAGUUUCUCCAUUGGUCAUUGACCUCUGCAAGAAGCACAACUUGCCUUACAGGAGUUUGACAUUUUUUGAGGCCAAUCUAUGGACUCUUAAGACCCUCAGGACUGCUGCCCUUCAAGCCAGGAAUCUGAGUAAUCCUUCCUCCCAGAAUUUGCUCUGGGAAGCUUUCAACACUCAUGGUUGA